AUCAUCAUCAUCAUCAUCCCUGUUCCCCUUCCCCCACUCGUGCGCUGUGUUUGUGUGCUACUCCUAGCAAGCAGCCCCAGCCCAAAGCCUGCUCAUCAUCAUCACGCCGUGUGCAGCCUGCCUGCUGAUCCGGCUCAGUCAGGCAGGCGCAGGCCUCUGUGUCGCUGCUACCUAGCCAAGCUUUCGUCGACCUGCUGCUCAUGCUAAUGGAGGAGGAGCUUCCGAGGCUGCAAUGCCGGGAAAAGGCGGCGUGGAGGAGGCUGUGAGGAUCCGCAAGCGGUGCGCGCUGUCGUCGUCUGGCGCGUCCAACCCGGCGGGGUCAAGGCGGCCGGCGGUGCUGCUGCGGCGGCGGAGGAGGAGACAAGGAGGAGCAGGCGCGGAGAAGGCGAACAUGUCGGAGUCGUCGUCCCGGAGCCGGCAUUCCCGUCGCCUCGUUCCCGACGGGGUGCCGCGGUCCUCGGCGUCGGCGAGGAAGCUCGUCGCCGCGUUCUGGCAGACCGACAAGGACAGACUGUUCGGGGAGGAGGAGGUGGCAGAGAAGCACGCGGCGGCGUCACGGAGCUUGGUUCCUCGGAGCUACGCCUCCACGGAGGUUUCCAGGAGCUCACGAAGCAGGUGCCGGGUCUUCGAGGAGGCCGGUGGCCGGAAGGGGAGCUACCGCAACGGCCAUGGGAUGUCAGCAGAUGUGAUGAGCAGCUGCAGCGCAAUGGAGAUUGGCACACGAUCUCAAGAUGAUCUUUCAAGAUGUCCUGAAGAGAAAACUAUCCAACUGAAGGAUCUGUAUAACAGUUUGAUUGCGUCGAAAGAACUUGCCAAAGUACUAGCACACAUCUGGGGAGAACUGAACCCAUCAACUGUUUCACUCAUUUCUGCGCUGCGUUCUGAGCUUGAUCUUGCCCGGGCCCAUGUGCGGAGGCUUAUCAAGGAACAGAAAUCAGGGCGCAGUGAAAUCGACUACUUAAAGAAGGAACUUACGGAGGAAAUGGAGUCUUGGAAGGCCAAACAAAAGGAGAAGGCUACAACUUCUCUGCAAUAUAUAGUUACAGAGCUGGACCAUGAGAAGAAGUCAAGAAAAAGAGCGGAGAAGACAAAUAAGAAGCUCGGCGCCGCGUUAGCAGACACCGAGUCCUCGUUACGUGCGGCGAUGAAAGAACUCGAGAGGGAGAGGAAGUCCAAAGGAAGAGUGGAGAAGAUCUGCAGCGAGCUCGUCAGAGGUAUCGGCGAGGACAAGGCUGAGGUGGAGGCUCUGAAGAGAGAAACAGAGAUGGCACAAGAGGACCUUCAGAAAGAGAGGGAGAUGCUGCAGCUCGCGGAUGAGUGGCGCGAGCAAAGGGUUCAGAUGAAGCUGCUGGAAGCGCGGCUUCAGUUUGAGGAGAAGAACGCAGCCGUCAAUCAGCUGCACGAAGAGCUACAAGCAUAUCUGGACACGAAGAAGGACCAGGAACCUGCAAAAAUCGAUCCGAUACAGUCACCUCAUGAAACAGGCGCAAUUGUAGACAAUGCUAGCAGUGGAGGAUGCAGUGAUGGCAGUGAAGAAUGUGACUCAGAAGGUGGUGAUAUGCACUCGAUCGAAUUGAAUGUUGACGACAACAAGUUCUAUACCUGGAGCUACACUCCAUCAUCAAGGGACAACCAGAGAGGUGCAUCGAUGAAUGGAUCGUUUUCAGAUAGAGGGAUGGAUGGUGCCGAUUCACGCAGCGUCGGCCGAAAAACGUUUGAGGAAAUGGACGAUGCACUAGAGGGAGACUGGGCAGAAGGAUGCAGCAAUGGAAUGCUGAGCUUUGACCACGAUGACGAGAGAUACCAAGCGAUCAAGAAUCUCAGGGAGCAGAUGAUAGCUGGGUCUGGGCUCAUCAAGUCCCAAGGUAAUGAAAACGCUGAAAGGGAGUUCUGUACCUUCUGAGGUAAAUUAAAAUGGGUCAAUUAGGUAACGUCGGUGCUAACUGUACCGAUCAACAAUGCUGAUGCUAGCUUAGAUUAAUUUGUUCAGUCAGACAUGCAUCUAUAGUCAAGGUUUUCCUUUGUGUUUGAGCUUUCUUGAAGGCUGGGGUUACAGUUGAAGUGUAUUCAGUUCCAUUCUUGUACUGUCAUGUAUAUAGUAAGAAGAUGAUUAUGCAUGUUACUUUCAAA